CUGAGAUCCGCGCACAGCACGUCACUCCAGACGACUCCGCGCAUUCAAUACAUCACAAUCCGCGCAGCCAAGGAAACCCAGCAAAACUCUGCCCCCCAAAUCCCCGGACCCUCAGGGUGGGGUAGAGACUCAGAGAAGAGGCAGCUCAAACAAAAGCACUCCUCUUGGCUUUAAGAUUAAAAGAAACACCAGCUGCAAAAAAGUGCAGAUACAAACUCGAGACGAAAAGUGGAACCGAUCGGCGUCUCCACGUUUUCAUGCAAAACUUUUCCUGAAGUCACUGAAGGAGCAGCGAGCAUCAAACUGACGGACUGAAAAUGGCAAUCUCGUGGACACUCAUUGUAUUAGGCACCCUCCUGCAAGGCAUGCAGUGCAAUGCUAAUGAUAAUUCAACUACAGCCCCAAACAGUUCCAUUUCACCCACCUCAGUGGGUGCCAGUGCAGCCAGUUCCACUGAAUCCACUCUUCCUCCCACCUCAUUCAGUUCCACUAAACCCACCACUUCUUCUGCCUCAUCAGAGUCCACUCUACGUGCCACUACACCCACCACAUUGGAGCCCAGUAAAUCUCCUACUCCAUCAGAGUCCACUACUCCAUCAGAGUCCAUUACACAAGCGCCAACCACUAAAGCUACUUCACCAGAUCAGACUGGGCCAUCUUCAACAGUGGCUAAUCAAGACAUUGACAUGAUAAACAUUAACACAUCUACACAAAAUAGUCAAGUCACAACCCAAGCCACAACAAUUCAACCCACGACAUCCAAUGCAGGCACUACCCACACUACUACAACCAACACUCCUCCAAAUUCACCUACAACUCUCACCACAACCCAUCCCAAACAAGGUACCACCGACAUAAUUAAACUUGCAACCACUUUUUCUAAAGGAGAUGGCACCACCCAACUCAUGUCUACACAGACAGCCCCAUCUGCUGUUACCAAAAACUCUGAAUUACCAAUCACAACAGAACCAGGCUCUAAAUCUAUUGCUUCUCAAAGUCUUGGGACAACGAAACCACAAACAACUACUGCCUUGAUCGGACCAGGCCUGCGAAGGGAUGAAGAGAUUACAACUAACACUCCCCAAGAAUUAAUUCACUAUUCCUUUAAUCCAAGCAAAAGCAAUGAGAAUCACGUCCUGGGUCAAACCUGUAAGACGCUGCUUCAGACGAUUAAAGGAAAUUGCAUUAUCAACGUGACAAUUCAUGACAAUCGAUUAACUGCAACAGUAAUAAUAGAUGCUGAGCAUGUGAUACCGCCAGAAAACUACAAACAAGUCAGUGAAGCUCCAAACAAUACUACUCAUAGAGAGGAUUUAAGCAAGGACACAAUACCAGACACGUUAAUCGCCAUCUUGGCUUCUUGUGGCGCUUUGGUGCUCAUUCUGUGCUGCUUUGCUGCAUACUGCACUUAUCAUCGCAGAUCCUACAGGAAGAACCAGCAGCAACACCUGACAGAAGAGCUCCAGACAGUGGAAAACGGUUAUCAUGACAAUCCUACGCUGGAGGUGAUGGAGGUACAGCCGGAGAUGCAAGAGAAAAAACUGACAAUGAACAGGGAGUUCAACGACAGCUGGAUCGUCCCCAUAGACAACCUGCUGAAAGAGGACAUACCUGAUGAAGAAGACACACACUUGUAAUGGCAUCAGAUGAACCGUCUGGAGAAGGAAACCUGCUGCUCUCAUUACGGUAGACUGUGACCGGCCAGGAUGAAGAGAAAGCAGAGAUUGACAUAAAGACUAUCAAAUGACAAUGGUUUCAUUUGGUGCCCGGGUGUAUAUGGUGUAAUAAAGUAGUUGAAUGUCA